GGCGGGCAGCGCGGCGGCGCCUGGCGUGGUUCCCCGGGCCCCGCCGUGCCGUGCCCCGCGGCUUCCCCGCCGCCUGCCCGCCCACCGCCGCGGCUCCCCCCCGUUCGCCCGGGUGCUCUGCAAGAUGGCGGCAGCAGCCGAGCGCGGAGCGGAGCUGCCCGCGGAGUCACCGCGGGGGACUCGGCAGCCGCUGCCGCCACUGGACCCCGAGGAGGUGGCGAAGCGAUUGGCGAGCACCCGCCAGGAGCUGAGCAACAGGCGCAAGAUCCUGCUGAGGAACCUGCCAGCCGAGAGCAGCAGCCAGGAAAUCCAUGACUUAUUUAAAGAAUAUGAAAUCAAGUACUGUUAUGUGGACAGAAAUAAAAGAACAGCAUUUGUCACUCUGUUAAAUGGAGAGCAAGCUCAGAAUGCCAUUCAGAAGUUCCACCAGUAUUCUCUUCGGGGCAAGGAAAUAUCUGUGCAGCUCCAACCAACAGAUGCUUUGCUCUGCAUCACCAAUUUGCCCAUUUCAUUGACAUUGGAAGAGUUUGAAGAACUUGUGCGUGCCUACGGCAACGUCGAGAGGUGUUUUUUGGUCUACAGUGAAGCUACUGGCCAUUCCAAGGGCUAUGGCUUUGUGGAAUACAUGAAGAAGGACUCUGCUGCCAAGGCCAGGCUGGAACUUCUGGGGAAACAGUUAGAGGAGAGCACUCUCUUUGCACAGUGGAUGGAUGUGAACCAGCUGACCACAAAUCUUAUUCACUCCAAGUGCCUUUGUGUAGAUAAAUUGCAAAAAGACCACGCUGAUUCAAAAGAUCUGCUCCAAGCUUUCUCACUGAAGUAUAAACCUGUUUUCUGCCAGUUUGCUCAGGAUGAAGACAGUUGUAUCGGGGACUUUGCGGUGGUUGAGUAUGAAACUGCAGAGCAGGCUGAGGAGGUCCAGGAAGUCACCGAUGGCAUCACCAUCAAAGGAAAGAGAGUCCAUGUGUCAUACUGUGCUCCUGGAGCACCGGGCAGAAGCACCUUAGCAGCACUCAUAGCAGCACAGAGGAUGAUGAGGAACAAUAGGAAAGGCUUGCUUCCAGAGCCAAAUCCAGUGCAGAUCAUGAAAAGUUUUAACAACCCAGCCAUGUUGCAAAUGCUGCUGCAGCCCCAGUUGCGUGGACAUGCUGUUAAACCUGUUCUUGGAGCAUCUGCAGGUUUACCUCACCUUAUAAAUUCAGCAGUUGGCCCACCUUUUUUGCAGCUGAAUAAAAUUCAUCAGAAUUCCAUUCUAGGGAGCACAUCAAACUUACUGCUGCAGAGCCCUGCUCACCUACCACUGCCACAGCAGCAGCUGCUGAAGGUUGAAAACGUCCAGGCUAACAGUAAACCAGGUUUGCUGGGAGAACCUCCAACGAUGCUGCUUCAGACAGUGCUGGGAAUAGGGGUAAUGCCAGCAGUGAGUUCAGGCAUGGGAGCCCGUGGAGAAGCUCUUAAGUCAGCAGCCGCAGCAGCAGGGAUGGGCAUGCUGCCAUUCUUCCCCAGUCAGCACAUUGUUGGACAAGCUCUGCCAGGGCAAAACAACGCUCCGGAGAAACAGGCGACUCCCGAAGCCGUGGUGCCGGCAUCCCAGCCUUACCAUCAGACCCUGACAAACCUUCCUGCAGGAGCUUUGCGGGCUGGCCAGGCCAAACAGAACCCACUGAAAAGCACUGAGAUCAGUUUGGGGACUCCCUUGAAAAAGCAGACUUCACUGCUGGGAGAGCCACCAAAAGAAAUACGUCUUAGCACCAACCCCUACUUGAAUUUGGCAAGUGUGUUGCCUGGUUUGUGUCUUCCAGCAAUCGCCAGCAAAGCCUCCAGCCCACCGCAGCAGAGCGGCCUUUCGAACAACAUUGUGGAUGCUGCUGUGUCUCAGGGACCUACAUCACAACAUGGAGUGGAAAACUAUUUUAAUUACUCUCAACAUCAUGGGGAGUGCUCCCAGGUGGCUCCAGCACGGAGCGAGAAGCGGAGCUCCUCGUACCUCAUUCCCUCCUCAGAAGCUGGCCCCAUGGAGUACCUGGGCCAGCAGGCGGCGGGCUCAGCGGCGCGCUACGCCGAAUCCUCGCUCAAGAAGAAGCGUGUUUAUUGAGACCCUUGUGCCCACCCCUGCCUCUGCGGGGCGAAGGUGGGACCUCUCUUCUUGUACCUCUGCUAUUUAUUGCUGCCUUAACUUCAGACAAGUCCUUCUGCUUUCUGUGUGGGGUGUGAGUAUCCCAAGAGGAAGAGACCCUCUGUAAGGGCCGUUUGCCAAGGAGCCGGUACGUAUCGCCGUGAGGUUGGCCACGGCUCGGUAGUCUGGAGUUGCCUUCUGAAAGGCUGGGAUGGUGUUACCUUGGUCACCUGCUUCUGGAAGUAGCAGUGGGCUGAGGCUGACAAAGGAACUGGGUGAGUUUUGGCAGCUUGCUGGCUGAAAGCAAUAAAAACACUGAGGAGGGAACACUGAGCCAUGCUCCAGUCCUCAGGCUGAGGGAUUUCAAAGAUGAAGUCUUGAGAGAAGUAAGGGUUGGGUUUUUUUUCCCUUUUCUUCCUUAUUUUUUUAAAUCAGAAUGUGAGGUUGGGUUUUGGAUUUUGCUUUUUUUGUUAUUUUUUUUCCCAGGAUUAAGAGUUCUGCAUUUACAAGCCUUUAUAUUUUUAAUAGUUCCUCUUAAUCCUGGUAGGGAGACACAUACCAAAUGUAUUACCAGAGUCUGGCUGGUAUUUUCCAUAAACAGAUGUCAGAAGUAAGAUUCUCACCUGUGUGCUGCCUCGCAGUAUCCAGUUCCUUUUGGCUAGGUGACCUUGGACAAUGAAAUAACCUCUGUCUGCUUUUAGGCCAAGAAUCCACAGCUUUGCCUUCUUGGAAUUAUUGAUGUACAGUUUGUGAGUGCUUCUGGGUGUCAGGCAGGACUGCUGGCAAUGCUUUCAGGAUGGUGGAGUGCUGGUAAAGGUAACUGGAAGAAAUCAACUGUGUGGUCUGCUUUUGCUGACUUCUGGAUGGGGAUGAUUCAGAGUUAGAGAUGAAGUUCUACUGCCAUGCUCCUCGACCUCUUUAAUUCUGCAUUCCUGCUCUUCACUGUAUUUUCUUUUCUCCAACCAUCUUAACUUUUGAGAUGUGCUGCACUCCAAAGCCUGUGCACGAAGAGCAGACUGGCCCUGGUUUUCACUCCUUUGCAUUAAGUUCUCUCUAGAAGAAAAGAGGCACUCUCCCAUCCCAGGUGUACAGGGUGGGCUCACACCCCCAUGCAAUGGAAACUGCAGCAGCCUGUGUGUGCGGCUGUAGCACAGCCAGCCAGUGCUGGUGCCGGAGGCUGGGCUGCCUCUGCCCAUUACCAGCCUGGCUCCCCCCGGGCAGGUGACAGCACACAGACACCAUUUCCCAGUUUGAUCACUGUUUCUGUUUUCUUUUGUUUGUUUGUUUGUUUAAAAGACUCUGGAUUAUUUUUAGCAUAUUCAUUAAGCUGCUCUGCCUGGAGCCUUUCUUCUCUGCUGUUAAUCCUUGUAGCUGGAGCCUUAGACAUCACUGCUUUUGAGAUCAGUGGUUGUGACAGGUAAAGUAUGAGCCAGUGCACUGUGUCAGACAGCCUGGAUUUGCUGCCUUGGAAUCCCAGCGUGGUGAGGGUUGGCAGGGACCUCUAUAGAGAUCAUCCAGUCCAACCUCCCUGCUACAGCAGGGGCACCCACAGCAGCUUGCCCAGCAUCACAGUGGCCAGGUGGGUUUGGAAUCUCUCCAGAUUAGGAGACUCCACAACCACUCUUGGGCAGCCUGUUGCAAAUUCAUUUGGCCUGAACUCACUGAGCACUGAGGCCACAACCCAGGGCCUUUUUGCCUUGAUCUUGCUGGAAAACCCUGAAGCCAUUUUUUUUUAAAUACUGAGGUUCUUCAACUCUGCCUUUCAAGCUUUGUGAUGUGACCGUGAUAGGCAUUUUCAAAGCUUAAAGCCCUUCACAAUCAGAAUCCCUCCUCCCUCUGCCGCUGUGUGUGUGCUGCACACACAGGACAGCUUGAGGAGCUCUGGUGGGAUUCCAUGUGUGUGUAUGGAUUAAAAAUUGAUUUGUAAUAGUUUUGUUCCUCCUGUUUGUAUAUGCAACUUUCUCAACUUGUUACGCUUUUCAAUGAAAAUAAAUCAUUGGUUCACAUUGGAAGUGGAUUUCUGUGGGAGGAAAACCACCUCUGGACUACCAUGAAAUC